UUCUACCAGAGACCUCAGUGAACUCGCGUAUAGGCGCAAUUGCACAGACUUUUGUGUGUAUCACCAUGCGAAAAACGAUUAGAGAUGUGAUGUCGUGUAAACAUCCUAUAUUGUAUUUUACGGUGAUGGCAACGAUUAUCUCUGUGUUAACCCCUUGCUAUGGCCAGAUUCCAGACGCAAGCAUUUCAAUGCCAAAUGCCAAAAUUCAUCCGACGAUUGUCCGAUCCGGGAGGCUUGUAGUUGGGAAUAAAUUGGUCCAACUGAGAAGGGUGGGUUUCGAAGUAACCAAUGAUGAAUCCGCCGCUUCUGACCGCAUCAAGACUCAAAACGGAUCUCUUGCAUUUGAGGCUGGUAAUCGGGCUGGACAGCCUGCAUCACAAGAAUGGCACAAGUUGGAUGCUAAACUCCAGCACAUGGGGCCAUCAGUACAGUGUAGCAAUGAAACAAUGACUCUUCGGGUCAAAGGGGGAAGAGCUCCACAUUUUCUGGUCGACGGCGGUGAUGGGUCUCCUGUUCUUCCCCUGUCCCGAAUGCCAACUCACUGUGGCUUCUCUGUGAAGCGGUCACGCAGGGAUGUGUUCUUUGUCGCACCAUACCAAGGCUGCCAUGUCACUCAAGAGGGGGGUAACUAUGUUCUACCACUCCGUCUGUGGGGGGCUCCCAUGACCAUGUCUUGUCCUGUUGCACCACCCCCCCCUCCCUCUGUCUCUUGCUAUUUAUCUGGCAUGGUGGUGAAGCUUUCCAUGGCAGCGAAUGCUCUUCAAGUCAAAGUGUCUGGUGUGUGGGAGCCACUUCUCGCAAUCACCCAGCAAUGUGGCUUAACUAUUGAGCCAUUCUUUGGAGGGGUGGUGAUCACUGCACCAUAUACAGGACCCUGUGUGGCAUUGGAGGAUGAUGAGCGUUUGCUUUUUAUGCUCUCGGUUGCUGGGGAGCUCACCCUCUCCUGUCCUGCAGGCCUCCCUCAAACUGAACCUGUUACGUCUGGAUACCCUCUGUUCCACCAGUGGUCCCAGUACCAUUUCCCUCCGUAUCCCCCCCAACCACCCUCGUCCCCAACAGUAGCCACUACCAUGUCUAAACAAACACAUUCCCCUAAACCUUCUAGCCAGGCCAUGCAUAUGCCACGUAAAGGAGACCCCCAGGUCCCACAAACACCUGAAUUCCACCCGUUUCACCCAUACCAUUUUCCUCCAUAUCCCCCUCAACAACACUAUUUCCCAACAUCAGCCCCCACUACCUCACCUAAACACACACAAUCCCCUCAACCUGUCACCCAGGUCCUGCAUAUGCCACCUCAAGGAGACCCCCAGGUCCCACAAACACCUGAAUUCCACCCGUUUCACCCAUACCAUUUUCCUCCAUAUCCCCCUCAACAACACUAUUUCCCAACAUCAGCCCCAACUACCUCACCUAAACACACACAAUCUCCUCAACCUGUCACCCAGGUCCUGCAUAUGCCACCUAAAGGAGACCCCCAGGUCCCACAAAUGCCUGAAUUCCACCCGUUUCACCCGUACCAUUUUCCUCCGUAUCCCCCUCGACGCUAUUUCCCAACAUCAGCCCCCACUACCUCACCUAAACACACACAUUCCCCUCAACCUGUCACCCAGGUCCUGCAUAUGCCACCUAAAGGAGACCCCCAGGUCCCACAAAUGCCUGAAUUCCACCCGUUUCACCCAUACUAUUUUCCUCCAUAUCCCCCUCAGCAACACUAUUUCCCAACAUCAGCCCCCACUACCUCACCUAAACACACACAAUCCCCUCAACCUCCAUAUCCCCCUCAACAACACUAUUUCCCAACAUCAGCCCCCACUACCUCACCUAAACACACACAAUCCCCUCAACCUGUCACCCAGGUCCUGCAUAUGCCACCUAAAGGAGACCCCCAGGUCCCACAAACACCUGAAUUCCACCCAUUUCACCCGUACCAUUUUCCUCCGUAUCCCCCUCGACGCUAUUUCCCAACAUCAGCCCCCACUACCUCACCUAAACACACACAUUCCCCUCAACCUGUCACCCAGGUCCUGCAUAUGCCACCUAAAGGAGACCCCCAGGUCCCACAAAUGCCUGAAUUCCACCCGUUUCACCCAUACUAUUUUCCUCCAUAUCCCCCUCAACAACACUAUUUCCCAACAUCAGCCCCCACUACCUCACCUAAACACACACAAUCCCCUCAACCUCCAUAUCCCCCUCAACAACACUAUUUCCCAACAUCAACCCACACUACCUCACCUAAACACACACAAUCCCCUCAACCUGUCACCCAGGUCCUGCAUAUGCCACCUAAAGGAGACCCCCAGGUCCCACAAACACCUGAAUUCCACCCGUUUCACCCGUACCAUUUCCCUCCGUAUCCCCCUCAGCAACACUAUUUCCCAACAUCAGCCCCCACUACCUCACCUAAACACACACAUUUCCCUCAACCUGCCACCCAAGCCCUGCAUAUGCCACCUAAAGGAUACCCCCAGGUCCCACAAAUGCCUGACUUCAAAAUGUUUUACCCGUACCAUUUUACUACACAUCUCCCUCAACCUUAUUUCCCAUCAGCCUCUACAACCACACCAAAACAAACAAAUCAGGCCCUGCAUAUGCCACCUAAAGGAUACCCUCAGGUCCCACUGAGUUACCAGUUCCCCCAAUACAAUUUCCCAGGGUUUUUCCCUCAACGCUCUGUCCCAAGAGCACCCCCCAUAGCCAGGCAACUGAAUAACCCCCAGAAAUAUCAUUACUCAGAUUCCUCCUACCGUCAAAAGUCAGCCACUCCUUCAGUAACUGCUAGCACUAUCCCUGGCACCACACCCCAGGCCCAACCCAAGCAGCCCUUCAUGCAAUAUGACCAGUACCCGAUGGUUCGCAGCUGGAAUCCGUAUGCUUCUGCUCUGUUCCCACCCCAUUAUGGAACGGCGCCGUAUCAUUAUCAAGGGCCUAGGGAGUAACUUAUGGUGGAAUCUACAGUUUCCAGCCAUUACUUGUGAAGUGUAAAAUAAAUUCACUAAAUGUA